AUAUUUUUGAAAAAUUACUGGAGAAGAAAAGAUGAGUGGACGAAGAACGAACAGUCCAAUGAAUUUUAAGAAUCAGAUUUUGAUUGAAGUAGCAAAUUCUUCCAAGGGAUUUCCGAGAUUUUCCUCUCGAUUUUCUCGGAUUUUGUUAAUCCGACUCUGUUGUUCUUUCUGUUCUUGAAGCGAGAUUGAAGAGAAAUGGACCUCCGUAGCCAUUUGUUUCUUUACUUUAUUGCUUUGGUUCUUUGUCUUUCAGUAUCUUUGUCGGUAGCCGCCAUAUCUCUAGGUUCGUCUUUGAGAGCUUCGAAUUCCAAUCAGACGUGGGAUUCGGCUAAUGGAGAUUUCUCUUUGAGGUUUCAUCCGGUGGAUUCCUCCGGUUCUUCUUUUAUCGCCGGCAUAGUCUUCACUGGUGGCGUUCCUACUAUCUGGUCCGCUGGCGGCGGUGCUACGGUGGAUGCUUCUGGUGCUCUUCACUUUCAAUCCGACGGUAACCUUCGUCUCGUCGAUGGCUCUGGUGCUGUCGUUUGGGAAUCUAACACCACCGGCCGUGGAGUCUCCUCCGCUGUUCUCGAGGACUCCGGCAACCUCAUCCUUCGAAAUAGUAGUUCCGAGGGCGUCUGGUCUUCGUUCGAUCACCCGACGGACACGAUUGUUCCAUCGCAGAAUUUCACAGUGGGCAUGGUCCUGCGAUCUGGUCAGUAUUCUUUUAACCUACUUAACAUUGGGAAUAUAACUCUGACUUGGAAUGGAGAUGGACCGAAUGGUGAUGUAGUUUAUUGGAAUCAUGGAUUAAAUACGUCGAUCAAUGGCUCCUUGAAUUCUCCUAGUUUACGAUUAGAUCCUAUUGGAAUGUUGGCUGUUUAUGAUACCAGAAUACCCGCUGGAUCAUUUGUAGCUUAUAGCAACGAUUACGCAGAUAAUGGUGGCGGUGCUACUUUUAGGUUUCUGAGGUUGAAAGAUGAUGGAAAUUUAGAGAUUCAUAGCGUUGUUAGAGGCAGUGGGUCUGAAUCCGUGGGAUGGAAAGCUGUUCCAGAUAAGUGUCAAAUAUUUGGGUUCUGUGGGGAACUAAGUAUUUGUAGCUAUAAUGAUACAAGUCCGAUCUGUAGUUGCCCAUCUGCAAACUUUGAGCCAGUUGAUCACCACGAUUGGAAGAAAGGGUGUAAGGCGAAAUUGGAUAUCAGAAACUGUUCCAGCGGCAUCACGAUGUUGGAGUUGAAGAAUACAAAGCUAUUAACAUAUCCAAAGAACUUAGAGGUCUACUCCAUGCAGAUAUCAGGGUGUCAAUCAAAUUGUCGACAGAGUUCUGCUUGUGAUGCUUCCACUGCGCCAUCAGAUGGUAAUGGAUUUUGUUAUUACAUACCGUCAGGCUUCAUUAGGGGAUAUCAGAGUGCUGCGUUGCCAAGCAGUUCAUUUCUCAAGGUCUGUGGAGAAGUUCUUGAAAACCAAUUGGAAUCUUCUGAUGUUUCAAGGCCGGGUGGUAUGAAUUUGAAGGCUUGGGUCUUGGCGGUUGUGGUUUUGGUCACACUUUUUGCCAUGAUUGUUUGUGAGGCUGGUUUAUGGUGGUGGUGUUGCAGGAACAGCCCCAAGUUUGGAGCGAUGUCCAGCCAAUACACCCUUCUUGAGUAUGCUUCUGGUGCUCCUGUUCAAUUCUCAUUUAAAGAACUCCAUCGUGUGACCAAUGGAUUCAAGGAAAAGCUUGGAGCUGGUGGAUUUGGAGCUGUUUAUAAAGGCGUUCUUACUAAUAAGACGGUCGUCGCAGUGAAGCAACUCGAGGGAAUCGAGCAGGGAGAGAAGCAAUUUAGGAUGGAGGUAGCAACUAUAAGUAGCACACACCAUUUGAAUCUCGUGAGAUUGGUCGGUUUUUGCUCGGAAGGACGGCAUAGGCUGUUAGUAUAUGAGCUCAUGAAGAAUGGCUCUCUUGAUAGUUUGCUUUUCAAGGGAGAAGAAGGACAAUCUGGGAAGUUCCUCAGCUGGGAAGAUCGAUUCAAAAUUGCUGCUGGCACUGCCAAGGGGAUCACAUACCUUCACGAGGAGUGCCGUGAUUGCAUCAUUCAUUGUGAUAUAAAGCCAGAGAACAUUCUCUUAGAUGAGAAUUUAAACGCUAAAGUCUCAGAUUUUGGCCUGGCAAAGCUCAUUAACAUGAAAGACCACCGAUAUCGAACCUUGACUAGCGUAAGAGGAACACGAGGAUAUUUGGCGCCCGAAUGGCUCGCAAAUCUGCCACUGACUUCAAAAUCUGAUGUUUUCAGCUACGGUAUGGUUCUUUUAGAGAUCGUAAGCGGACGAAGGAACUUCGACGUUUCUGCUGAAACAAAUCACAAAAGGUUCUCUUUGUGGGCUUAUGAAGAGUUUGAAAAAGGAAAUCUCAUAGAAAUUGUUGACAAAAGGCUGGUGGAUCAAGUGAUUGAUAUGGAGCAAGUGAGCAGGGUGGUUCAGGUGAGCUUUUGGUGCAUCCAGGAGCAACCAUCUCAGAGGCCAACAAUGGGAAAAGUGGUGCAGAUGAUCGAAGGCGUCAUCGACAUCGAGAGGCCUCCUGCACCAAAGGUAACAUCCAUGGUGUCUGCAAGUGGAACCAGCACGUAUAUCAGCAGCAAUAUAAGCAAUUUCUCGACCGCUGAAACACCCGCUACACCGGCCUCAUUUUCGUCGUCGCUUGCUGCAACAGACUUGACUCCUGGUGGCAGCAUUUGUGAGAAAACAAGUUCAUCUCUUCUGCACUCAAGGUACGACACUCCAACUAGCCUCUAGCUUAUCAGUUCUUACACUGAUCUUUAUACCAGAGCAUACCACUGCGAGCAAGAUCGCUGGUUGCUUAUAGCAACGAUUAUGCAGAUAAGCCUUUCCCAGUCGAUAAUUUUUGGUUUCUGAGGUUGAAAUAUGAUGUAAGUUUAGGAACUUAUAGCGUCCCUAGAGGCAGUGAGACUGAAACAGUGGGAUGGGACGCUGUUCCAGAUAAGUGUCAGAUAUUUGGGUUUUGUGGAGAACUCAGUAUUGUAGUUAUAACGAUACCCGUCCACACUGUGGCUGCCCAUCUGCUAAUUUUGAGGCAAUUGAUCCAAAUAAUUUGAAGAAAGGGUGUAAGAGGAAUACAAUGCCACAAGAGCUUAUGCUAACAUAUCCAAAGAAUACAAUUGGUUACACCAUGCAGAUAGCAGGGUGUCGAUCGAAUUGUUGGCAAAGAUCUCCCUCCCUGUGUUGCCUCCACUGCACCAUCAGAUGGAAGUGAGUUUUGUUAUUAGGUACAUCAGGUUUUAUUAGGGGAUAUGAUAGUACUAUGUUAAGGAUGGUUGGGAGUGAGUUCCAUGUUGACUAAUUAAGGAGAUGAUCAUGGGUUUAUACGUAAGAAAUAUAUCUCCAUUGGAACGAGGCUUUUGGGGAAACCAAAAACAAAGUCACGGGAGCUUAUGCUUAGAAUGGACCAUAUCAUAUCAUUGUAGAGGGUCGUGGUUGUUGAGAAUUGUUGGGAGAGUAGUCCCACAUCGGCUCAUU